AUGGGUAUUUGUUCUGGUAGACAAAAAGAAAAUUUAAUGACAGAUUUUGAUAACAUUCCAUUAUAAACUAAAGGUUAAUUAGGAUUUGAUAUAAUUGUCGAAAAUAUUAAAGUUAAAAUGGAUGAUAUUGUAUUAUGUGUUAUCAUUAUUUAAAGCAAAAUUGCAAAGUGAAAAUGGAUAUAUCUAGCUAUUCAACUUUUGAAACUGAAAUUGAGAAGGAAAGUUAAGGAUAAUUUUACGUAAUUUAUUGAAUAUUUAUUUAGUUUAAACAUAUACAUAAGCUAUAAUUUACAACGAAUGAAGAAUAGUUAAAAUAGAAAUUUGUUGUUGUGGAUUUAGAAAAUGAGAAGAGUGAAUAGAUAUCAUCAUUUAAACUAAACUUAUAUUAAAUAGCAACCGGACCAUUUCAUUUUGAUUACGAAUUUACAUAAGUAGGAUCAAGAAAGCAUGGGAAAAUGAGUUUCGAUUUUAAGAUGGCUUAAAUUCUUGUUGUUAGAUUUAUUCCAAAAUUAAUUGAUUUUACUUUGAAAGAACCAUUAAAUAAGAAUGAAUAUUGUUUUUAAUUACGAAUGCUAACAUCCUAAUUACAAUUUCAUUCGGAAUUUUCACCUAUAUUUUAAAGUCAUUUAUUAUAAAAAACAAACUAACUUUAAUCAAAUAAAUAAAUAAUAUGGAAGGAUUCAAAUGUCGAAAUGGAAGUAGAAGUACCUUUAAUAGAAAUAACUUCAUCUUCAAUUUAAAUAUCUUUAUGGCAUAUAGCCAAAGAUGGUAAAAAGGAAAUUGAAUGUGAAGCAUAUGUAAAUUUAAAUUAUGCUUUAACUUAAAAAACUGAAUGUGUAAUAUUAAAUUAAUAUUAUUUAGAUUAUUGAUAAAGGAAUUAAAUAUUACAAAAUAUAAUAGAUACAGAACAAUAGAAGAGUUUGGAAUCAUGGAGUUUAGGAAGGAAUGUUGAAUUAUCAUCUUGAAAUUAUUUUACCAUUUCAUUUAAAAUAAUAAAUUGUUGGAGUUAGAACUGAUAAAGGAGUAUCUCAAGGAACCAGAGUAAUUAAUCAAUCAAAAGCAUGUAUUAAAGAAAUAUAACAAUUAAGUUCAGCUGGAUAAGGAUUAAUAGAUACAUAAUAUGUAAUAUUAAGCAAAGUAAAUAUAUUAUAUAAUCUAUAUUAGUCAGAACCUGAUUCUUAAUUAAUUUAAUAGUAAAAUGAUUAUAUACUUUAAAUUAUUGAUAAUCUCAAAUUGAGUCAUAAAUAAUCAAUUGUUUGUUUUGAAUACAAAACUUAAUAAGAUCUCUUUAACUCUUAAAAAUUAUUAAUUGAUUUAGCUAUUAGACUUUUAGAAACUGCAGAUUAAUAAUAAGAACUUUUGAGAGAAUAAUAUUAUACGAUUCUUAAAUUAUUAAUGAAUAGAGGAGAACUUAGUUUAUCUUAAUUAGGAUUCUCAGAUCAAACUCAAAAGACUAAUGAAAAACUUUUAAAAUUUAAAAUGGAUAUUGGUUUAAGCUAUUAAAUCUUUUUAUAAAAAGGAUUAUCUCUAACUUUAGAAAAACUAAAAUAAAAAUCAUUAGCAUAAAAUGAAAGAUCAUUUGUAGAAAACUUUUUUGCAAAUGCUUAUUUCAGAGUUCCAGAAUUUAGAAAUAAAAUAAUUUCUAGUGUCUAAAGAGUUGAUGAUGAAUAGAUUCCAGAAUGGAGAUCUCUUACUAAAUCAAGUGGAGGAGUAUCCAAUUUAGAAUUUAAUGAUAUUUUUGAUUGGAAUAAACAUUUUUAUGAAUAUCUAAUGAAAGAUCCAAAAUAUUAUGCUAAUAAUCAUAAAAUGAAUGAAACUAUUAAUUAAACAUUGUGGUAGAAACGUUUAGGAAAAAGAGGAAUAGCAUUCUUUUUAUUUAUUAAAGAAUGGUGUGAUUUAUUAAAUACAUACAUUGUUAAUAGUAAAAAUGUUCCUUAUCACUAAUUACCUGGAUAUUUUUAACUUGUUAAAGCAUUUUUUUUAGAAAUAAAAUCAAGAGAAAUAAAACAUUAUCCAGAAGCUUUAAAAAUAGCAUUAUGUUCUAUGCUUAGAAACACAAAUUUAUUAAAUACAAUAAUAGUAAUGUUAUUUAGUAAAGUUAAUUUAUUUGACUUUGAAAAUGUAGUUCAUUGUUUAGAUCUACUUAACAAAUGUUUAUAAAAAAUAAGCUAAUAUAAUUUGUAAAUGCCAUCAUUUUUGGAUUAAAAAUAUUUUUUGAAAGGAAUCAGAAUCAUUUUAUCUUAAAGUGAACAUGCAUAAAGUAUAGCAAAAUGCUUAGAAAUGAUUUACUGCAAUUAUAUAUUAUUUCCAGGUAUAAUUUUUAUUAAAAAUCAAGUUGAUCUAAAGAAAGAAAUUAAUGAUAUGAUUUUUGAAAAUUUAGCAAUGAAAUUUUUCAUUCAUUGGUCAUAUAAUGUCAGACUAAUAUUUUAAUGCUUUUUGAUUUAUCGUAUCUUUCAUUUGCAUAAGCCAGUAAAAGACAGAGAAUUUAAUGAAGAGUAUAAUAAAAUUUAAUUAUUUUAGAGAUCUUAUAGAAAAAUAUUAAGAAUAAUUGAAACCAAAAAAAUAACACAGUUACUUUGACUAAAGAAACAGUUCCAAAUAAAUUAUAGUAAAUAAUAUAAUUUAAUCAAAUAGUCAGAAUAUAUUUACUUAAAAUAUAUUAGAUUUAUGUAACAGAUAGAAGAGGGAAAGCAUUUAUAAAAAUAAAAAAUAAGUUUUUUUAAUUUGGAAAACAAUAGAAUUGAAAAUCUUAAAAAUAAACUUAAAAAACUAUAGUCUAGAAUAUAAAAUAGAGAAAAGAAUGAUAGUUUUGUGUAACAUUCUUUUAAAGUUAUCCCAGAUGACUAAUGUGAUGAUACUAUUCUACCAAUUCAAACUACAGAACAGAACUAAGAAAAAUCGGUUAUGAAUAAAGGGUAAUUACCUAAAUAAAAAAUUAUAUUAUCAGAAGCUUAAUUGAAAUAUUUAACUAAAGCUUGUUAGGAAUAUGAUGAUUAAAUCAUUUAAUAUUAAAAAUGGAGAUAAACUAACCUACCUGAUAAUUAUAAUACUUUAACAGAAGAAUGUAAAUUACUUAUAAUAUUAUUUUAAGAAAUAUUACCUGUAAUCGAAUCUUUCGUCGUACCUGUAGUGAGAAUUCUAGAAAUUUAAGAUGAAAAUGAAGGAAAUCUUAUACAGAAAGAUGAUUGGUGA